UUAAUAUAAGACGAAAAGUACAAAAUAAUUAGUUGCGAACUAUUCUAAUACGGACGCAACUUAUAGAAAAAUGGAUCAUUUCAGUUGAGAAGUGAAGCAAAAAUAAGAAUAUUUUAGUGCUCAAAGCUCAUCCAAGUGAGGUAAUCCGAAUAAGUAACAAUUGAAAGAAGAUAAAACAUGUUGGCCUGUAAAUACUGCAAAUAAAUGGUUUGGAGAUUGAAUCUGUUGACAGCUCUCCGAUGUCCACUACUGAUGUAAAGACUUUUACAGGAAAAAUCGUUUACAAUCUUGAAGGGAAUGCAUUUAUCAUUGACGCAGACAAUGCCACACUAUCUAAAUUCACGGAUUUACAAACAGCUAGUGUUGGACUGAAUUAUAAUGUCGCAGCGUCCAUUGGCACCGACGUAACAAAUGGCUUAGAACUGGAUAAAGAUAAAACCGACACUAACUCAAACCCAAAAAUCCAUACGUUUCGCGUUAUUUCUGCAGAGGAUGUCACCGUUGAUCUAAAAGAAGAAAACAUAAUUAAAAUUCAGAAACCUAUAUUAAUGUGCUUUAUAUGUAAGCUCUCAUUUGGCAACGCAAAAUCAUUUGGUUUACAUGCAAACGCAGAGCAUACAUUAGAUUUACAAGAAACAGAAAAAAGAUUAUUAAAACGCGAGUAUUCAAGUGCCAUUAUACAAAGAGACACAGAUGAAAAACCGCAAAUUUCAUUUUUGGAACCAUUAGAUGCACAACUUAUGCCAAAACAUUUAACUUAUACUGAAAUGGAGGAGACAGCUGCAACAAAAAUUUUGACUAGUACGACUUCAAUACCAACUGACACUCCAACUUCAGAAGAUAUCACAAUAAAUCCAAUUGAUAUAAAAUGCCACACGUCAAACUGCGUUAGUAUAUCAAGCGAGAGCCAACAUAUUGAUGUUAAUAUUAGUAGUAUAACCAGUAGCAAUAGCAACAAUCGAGAAAGUGCUUGUUCUCCUAAUACUCUGCCCGUACAAAUUGAUUUAUCACAAGAACAGAAUAAUAUAUUUUUAUCAAAAAACCAAGCCUUAUCUCCAUCACAUUUAGUAUUGUCUGCAUCACUAGAGUCACCACCAUCAACUUUUUUGGGUGCAAUACCGAUAUCUGUAUCAAGCGCAGAACCAAUUUCUUGUUGCCUCCCUUCAAAAAGUGUAAAUAGCGCUUUAGUGUCGUCAAAAGAGAGUUCAAAUUCUCCUACUCAGGAUGUUAAUAUCUGUACGACAAAAAAUUUUAAGUUGGCAAAUACCCUAUUUUUAAAUUUAAAAUCCGUACAAGAAGAAAAAGAAAAGGAAUCAAAUAAGAUUGCUAGUAGUACUGAUAGUUUAAGUAGCAAUAAUAAAGCAAACCAAAAUAAAUCUUUUGAUUUAAACACAACUGUAUCAAAUUCUCCAGUAGAAUUAAAAGCUAGUAAAUAUCAAAAUUAUGAUUGUCAAGAAUCAAAAAGUUAUGAUGAUCAAACGCCAAUCAGUUCGUCAUCCACAUUUGCCGAGUUUAUUAACAAUCAAUCCCAUCAACAACGCAAAGAAGACGACAACGCCUUGUUAUCUACAAAUACUGAAAAUGUUAACACGGAGCUUGAUUUGUUGCAGCUGCAACACCAAUAUCAGUUUCCCUUUCAAUCGGUGUCAACAUCUGCAUCAGCAACACGUUCAGUUGAACAGCAGCAUAGUCAUCUCAGCACGUUUCAUGCAUCAUUAGCUGCUUUGGCAAACGAAUCAAAUAACAGUAGUGUUAAAUUAAUUAGUGAGCUUUUGCAGCAACAAUUUGCUGCUCAACAACAAAAGCAGCAACAACCGAAAAUUGCUUCAGUGUGUCCAGAACAUAUGGAUUUCAAAGGAAUCGAUUGUAAAACUUGCGAGUUGUUAGAAAUACACCAUGCGCAUAUAAAAACAUCGGUAACACCACAUCGGUCACCUAGCGACCCAAAUACCACCACCAAUCUACCAAUAUCGCCCACAACAUGUGCAACAGCAGCAGCAAACGUAUCAGCUAACCUUGCAAACAACUCUAAUAAUGCAGCUCCUAGUGCUUCCAGCUUUACGAUUGGUGCAUGCUCAGAGCAUAUAAAUGGACGUCCCUUAGGUGUAGACUGUGCACGAUGCGAACUGAUAUUGAAUUCCGCUCGCUUAAAUAGCGGUUCACAAAUGUCUACUAGGAACUCAUGCAAGACGUUGAAAUGUCCUCAAUGUAAUUGGCACUAUAAGUAUCAGGAAACACUGGAAAUUCAUAUGAGAGAAAAGCAUCCUGACGGAGAAAGUGCAUGUGGUUAUUGUUUAGCAGGGCAGCAACAUCCUCGUUUAGCGCGUGGUGAGUCGUACUCAUGUGGAUAUAAACCUUAUCGCUGUGAGAUAUGUAAUUAUUCCACAACUACUAAAGGAAACCUCUCUAUUCACAUGCAAUCUGACAAACAUUUGAAUAACAUGCAAGAACUAAAUAAUUCUCAAAGUAUGGUAGCAGCAGCCGCAGCGGCGGCAGCUGUAGCUGCAGUCGGUAGCAGCAAAAUUGAGGGGCCACCUAAAAGUCUAAUCAUCAGUAACACCUCCCAAUCUCACCAGAAAACACAACAACAGCAACAGCAGCAGCAACAACAACAAUCUCAGCAAUUACAAACGACCGUUAAUAAUGUAGCUCAUACUUUGUCAACAAAUAGUACAAGCACAUCAUCCUCAGUUGGUAAUAAGACGAAGCCUGCUUUUCGUUGUGAUAUUUGUAAUUAUGAAACAUCUGUUGCUCGCAAUUUACGAAUACAUAUGACAAGUGAAAAACACACUCAUAAUAUGGCCGUUCUACAGAACAAUAUAAAGCAUAUACAAGCUUUGAACUUUCUGCAACAAAGGCAUCAACAAGCGACGGCAGUUGUUGCUGCGGCCUCUGCACAGCAGCACCAACAGAUUUCUAACAACUUGGCUAAUAUUCCAGUUACAUUCCCAUCAAAUAAUAAUUUUCUUCCAGAAGUCGCACUAGCUGAUCUCGCUUAUAAUCAAGCUUUAAUGAUACAAUUACUGCAACAUAACUCAGCAUCUUCAACACAACAACAACAAAUCAAAUCUCAUAUAAAAACUUCAACCCCUUCCCCUACAUCCUCAUCCGGCCAACAACAAACACAAAUGCAGCCACAAUGCUCACCAAAUGCGAAAUCCCCCUCAUUGCUUUUUUCCGAUACGCAAAGUAUUGAUUUUUGUUUGUCUUCCACGGCCGCAGCUUCAGGAGAAAUAAGCGAUGCCAUCGAACCGCCCAUAAAACCUGAUCCAUGUCCAAGUACUCUUUACAGCUGUAUUGUCUGUGCUAACUUCAAUUCAAACAGUUUAGAUGAACUUAAUCAGCAUCUACUUAUCGAUCGAUCGCGUCAGUAUGCAAUCGGCAGUGGUAGUGCUGUCAGUAAUAGCACAGAUAUUAUGUUAAUCCUAAACAACAACUAUAUUUGCCGCUUAUGCAAUUACAAGACAAAUCUCAAAGCUAACUUUCAAUUGCACAGUAAGACAGAUAAGCACCUGCAAAAAUUAAAUUUUGUCAAUCACAUUCGGGAGGGCGGUCCACAAAACGAAUACAAAUUAAAGUAUCACCAACAAAUUUCGGCUGUUCAGCUAAAAUGCAAUUGCUGCGACUUUUACACGAAUUCCAUUCAAAAGCUAUCCCUACAUACACAGCAUAUGCGACAUGACACAAUGCGAAUGAUAUUUCAGCAUUUGUUAGCAUUAAUACAACAAAACAAUGAUGCCGAACAUAAAUCAUUAACAACAACUGAAAAUAGCAACAAUGCUACAGACAACACAAACAAUACAAAUGUAGGCACUUUUACGGAGCCAGUUUGUCUGCCAGAGAACAGUUUUCAACUAAAAAACAGUAAGAAGGCAUUGCUGUGUCAGCUCUGCAUCUUUACCUCACAGAAUAUACUUGAUAUGGUGCAGCACAUAAAGAGUUUACGCCACUUACAGAUAGAGCAAUUUAUAUGCCUACAAAGGCGCAGCGAGCAGCUCGAAACACCCAGCAUACAAGAAGUUUUCAAAAUCUGUGACUACCCAGUGGAAGAUUCGUUUAAAUCUGAACAAAUAACUCCAGAAUCAAAUUUAACAAAUGCAAUAGUUCAUCAUAAUCGGUACAUAAAUGAGGACUCUAAUAAUGAACAUGAAACGAGAGACAUCACCGACAAUAAUAGAUCAUCACCUACAUCCACAAAUUCUUCAAUAAUCUCAUGUAAUAAUAGUGCCAUUAAAAAGGCGAGAAGCGUGACUACUGGAAGCGAUAUGAAUGAUAAUAUAUCUGAUUCAAAUUUAACGCAUAUACCAACUGUUAUUUUUAAAUGCAGUAACUGUAAUCACUUUGCUCAAAAUAAAGAGGAUAUGGAGUCUCAUAUUGACUUGCAGCACCCAAAUUUUGAUCAAGAGUAUGAAAGUAUACCAACUAAUGCAGCAGCAGUUCAUGCAUUUCAAGCGGCGGUAGCUGCAGCAACAGCAGCAGCCGCUGUUGCAUCUGCUGCUUCCACAAUAAAAGAAGUGAUGCCUAAAUUAAAGAAUGAUGGAGAAGAUGAUUGUCCCAUUGAAAUCAAAAGAGAACGCUUAGAAAUAAGCAAAGAUAAACAGCAGUCAGAAACAAACAGAAUGGAAACGCUUGCAAUAGACCAAACUGUCGAGGAUGAUGAUAUAAAUGCAAAUUUGCAAAAGCAAUUACAAGAAUUACAUAAGCAGUCAAAAUUACAAGAAUCUAAAACCGGCAGCAUUCAAAGAGAAAGCUUUGACGAAAUUUCAAGUGUUCAAUGUCCAUUAUGCCAAGAAAGCUUUUCCAAACAAUCAAAUUUCGAAUUACAUCUUAUGCACAUACAUAGUGUAAAUCGUGAUGGAUUAGCACGUUUGCUGAAGCUAGUCGAUACCAGUAUUUGGCAGCAAUUGUCCAAAAACAGCGCAACUUUGACUGCAGCUGAUAACGCUACUGAAAUAAAGUCUCCCAAAGUUGAGCACUCUUCUACAAGUACAAUCGAAUAUCAUGAUUCUAGAAAAACUCUUAUAAAUACUGGUAAUGAAACAGUUAGUAAUGACUUUUACUGUAGUCAAUGCGACUCCAGUUUCAAGCAGGAGCAACAACUUUUACAGCAUGCCCAAAAAUUGCAGCACUAUAACAUUCAGCAAGGUAGCUAUCUGUGUCUAGCAGCCAAUAAUAAUAGCCGUCCAUGUCAAUUACUUUUUAAUUCUCCGUUAACAAUGAUUUCUCAUUAUAACGAUGUUCAUAUGAGUUCCGUUAUAUCAGAGCGCCAUGUCUAUAAAUAUCGUUGUAAACAGUGCUCGCUCGCAUUUAAAACACAGGAAAAACUUACAACCCACACCCUUUAUCAUACAAUGCGCGACGCCACUAAAUGUGCGCUAUGUCACCGUAAUUUUCGUAGCACUCAGGCUCUUCAAAAACACAUGGAACAAUUACAUCCACAUGAAGUCGAAUCAAGUGUUGGAAUUGAGGAUAACAGUUCACAAAUACAAAACUCUCUGUCAAAUGAAUUAUGUAUUAGCCUGUUGCAAAAACAAAAACAUGAAACUAGUACUGAUAAUGUAGUAAAAUCAAAUGAAACAGGGGAAAGUGUAAAUGUAUCUACAAUUUCUUCAUCGCCUGAUGUUUCUUUAGUCAGUUCAGAGCAACACCUAAUAAAGGAAUCAAAAACUACGGCUCAGCAAUUGAGUAACAUAUAUGUACAGCCAACAACACCUGAAUUAAUAAAGCAACAAGAUCAGCAAAAACCCAAUUCAGCUACUGCUUUAUUUAAACAACAACACAACGAGUCUGAACAGAGUUCAUUUUCAACUGGCGAUAUAUUACAGCAGUUACAAAUGCAACCGUCGGCACUUACACAAAAAUAUGAGCAGCAAACUCAACAAGGGAUGUCUGCGCAAAUGUCAACUACACAAAAUCUACAGUCAAUUCAAAAUAUACAACAGCUCCAACAUCAGUUGCCACAAAUAGCAGCAGCAGCCACAGCUUCAGGUUUACCAUUUAAUCCUAUUGAUAUGUUGAAUUUCAUGCAGUUUCAUCACCUCAUGUCAUUAAAUUUCAUGAAUUUGGCUCCGCCACUAAUUUACGACAGCAGCUGUACUACAACAGGAAAUACUGCGAAUCCAAAUUCAACUGUUCCAAUAAAUAAUAAUCCUUCGGUAACGAAUGCAGCCACUUCCCAAACAGCUAUGACGACUACCUCCCCAACAGUCGACGUUGGUAGUCAUUUAUUACAACAGCAAAAUUCUCCAGUUUCUAUGACACAGUUAUCCAAUAAUCAAAAGCGAGCACGCACACGAAUCACCGAUGACCAGUUGAAGAUAUUACGUGCACAUUUCGAUAUUAACAACUCUCCCAGUGAAGAGAGCAUAAUGGAAAUGUCACAAAAAGCAAAUUUACCCAUGAAAGUGGUUAAGCACUGGUUUCGCAAUACGCUUUUUAAGGAAAGACAACGUAAUAAAGACUCUCCUUAUAAUUUUAAUAAUCCACCAUCAACAACAUUAAAUAUUGAAGAAUACGAACGCACUGGCCAGGCUAAAGUAACUCCAUUAACUGAGGGAAGUGUGAGUUUAUUAUCGACUUCUACAGAUCCAAGUACAAAUAUGAUAGCAGCAUGCGAUCUAUCAACUAAUGCAUCAAAUCAAAUUGCUACCACUACAGAGCACUCACUUCACGAAAACUCGGAAUCGAAUAUGUGUGAUUUUUUAAUUGAGCAUCUAAAAUUUGACCAGAACCACCAACAAGAACUGAAACAAUCGCAAAGUGAUGGUUUUAGAGGAUUGAAUACAUCAAGUGUUUCAAACGAAAUCAUUCCUCUGGAAGUGCAAAUUAAAACAGAACCAAGUGACGAAGUCGAAAAUUAUAAAGAUUUAAAGUACAAACAACCACAACAUAUUCAACAACCACAAUUAUUGACAACAACUUCAGCAAUAUUUUUAAAGCAACAUCAACAACAUGUGUCCAAUGUAAAUGAAAAUCAUGAAGAGCAAGAGUUUGGAUCACAAACCGCUCCAAGCAAUAUUAUGGUUCAGCAACAACAACACACAUAUUACAAUAACUUUGAAACUAAGUCAGAAAGCGGAAGCUCUGACAUACAUUCGCGACCACAAAGUCCAAACAAUGCGUCAACAGCUAACCCAUAUUCUAACAUGAAUGAUUUGCUAAGCCAACAGUUAGAUAACUCACCACUAAAUAAUAUGUCAAAUAUAGGAAAUCUAAGUAAAAUGGGACCCCCAAAAAAAUUUCAAAUAAACAAAACUUUCGACAAAAGUUCGCCAUCAUCCCAACAGUUUGACAAUAAUUCAAAUUCUUCAAACUCAUCUUCAACAUCGAGUGGUAAACGUGCGAAUCGGACUCGUUUUACAGAUUAUCAAAUAAAAGUUCUGCAAGAGUUUUUUGAAAAUAACUCUUAUCCGAAAGAUAGCGACUUAGAAUAUUUAAGCAAAUUGUUGUUGUUAUCGCCACGAGUAAUUGUUGUAUGGUUUCAGAACGCACGUCAAAAGCAAAGAAAGAUUUACGAAAAUCAACCUAAUAAUUCUUUGUACGAAACUGAAGAGAAAAAACAAAAUAUUAACUAUGCAUGUAAAAAGUGCAACUUGGUAUUUCAGCGGUAUUACGAAUUAAUACGUCAUCAAAAAAAUCACUGCUUCAAAGAAGAAAAUAACAAAAAAUCAGCUAAAGCUCAAAUUGCUGCCGCUCAAAUUGCACAAAAUUUAAGCUCAGAAGAUUCAAAUUCAUCAUUAGAUGUUAAUAAUUCUAAUGCAGCAGCAGCUGCUGCGCAACACGUAGCCGCUUUAGCCGCAGCAGCUGUCUUAUCUAAUAGCGGAGGUUCUACAUCUUGUAAUUCGCCUGCUGGUGUGGGGUUAGGAAGUCUUCUUUCUUCCUCACCACAACAUCUUUUUAAUAAAACAUCAACAUCUGCAACAGAUUUUAGUCCCUCAACAACACCCACACCACCUCACAAUAAUAGCUUGGAUCACCAAACUCAAAACACACUUCAACAGCUACAGUCCAAACAAAAAUUUGAAUGCGACAAAUGCAAAUUGAACUUUAAUAAAUACGAAAACUUUCGUGAACAUCAAUUAAUUCAUAUAAUGAACCCGAACCUUUUUCUACAUCAACAUCAAAAUUCAACUGAUUCUCUCACACCAUAUCCCUCUUUCGGCAGCAUUUUGCAUAGUUUGCAGCAAGCAGCCGCAACUGCCACUAGCCAUCAUCAUCCUCAAACAAAGAAAAGAAAGCUCUCUGAAACUUCUUCAAAUCCUGAUGAUUUAUCUUCAGUAAGCUGCACUUCAGUGUCUGGUGAUUAUGACGUACAACAUGACAGUAAGAGAUAUGAUUUCUUAUUCCAAUAUUUUAUACAAAAUCAAACAAAUCCAGAGUUAAAACAACAAUUUUUACUGCAGCAGCAACAGUCACAGGAUUCUUCUGAGUUUGAAGUUGACUUUCUUUUUAAUUUUUAUCAACAAACUGAGCUGAAAAAACGCUCUAAUUUUGAUUUCUUAUAUCAAUACUUUUUAAAAAACGAAAAAAACCAAACAGAUAAUCAAGAGCAGCCCGAUCGAUGGAUUUCUGAUAAGCCUUCCAUCGAUUUUCUCUUACAAUACUAUCAAAUAAAUGAAUCAAAAAAGUUUUUUCAGUUAGAUGCCUCGCCCCAACAAGUAAAUGAUGAUCUGCAUCAUCAGAAGGAAAUCAAUGCCCCAAGUAUUCAUGCGCAACAAGACAGUCCCAGCAACGGGAAAGAUGAGAGUUCUGAUGUUGAACUUGACUUCGCAAAGGUCGAAGAUGAGGAAUUACCUUACUUCAAAAACAAAAAUAACAAUAAGGAAAAUUUUGGGUGUGAGGGAAUGGAUUUUACCAAUAAAAACGAUGAUUUAGUUCACGAACAACAUGCAAUGUCUAACAAUUUCGAAAUCAACAGAUCUAUAACUACCGAAAAUAAAAAGUCACCAUUAGUGCAAGCAUUUUAUCAUAAUUUAGAAGAUUUUCUGGAUGCAACGAUGAUUGAAAAUACGACGCAGUCGUUGACGUUUAAUGACUCUGCAAACUCCAAUAACAAAACAGAAAAAGGCGAUGUAGUGAAACAAACAAUACCUCUCGAGAAAAUACUUCCACCUGAAGAAUCCUAUUUAAAGAUAUCUAGCGCAACAUCUUCAACUGUAUCCGUAACAGCAACGUCUGAGAAACAAAAUAAACGCUUGCGAACAACAAUUUUGCCGGAGCAACUAAAUUUCUUAUAUGAAUGCUAUCAAAAUGAAUCUAAUCCCAGCAGAAAAAUGUUAGAGGAAAUAUCGAAAAAGGUUAACUUAAAGAAGCGAGUUGUUCAAGUUUGGUUUCAAAACUCAAGAGCCAAAGAUAAAAAAUCUAGAAAUCAACGAUAUUUUGCUGCUUCUGAUGACAGCAACUACGAAGAUGCCACAAGUAAUGCCAAUAUCAGUGUAAGCAACAAUGCUGCAACGAAUACUGGUUCGACCAUUACAACUAAAGUAGAGAUUAGAGACUGCAAACUUUGCGAAUUACCUGAAGUGAACACUCAACAACACGCAUUUACAGUAGAGCACAUACGUCGAGUAAAGGAACUGUUGAAGCAAACGCUUAUAGCUGAUGACUUGUCUGAUUCUAACGAAACUCAUAAACAGCCAUUAUUAAAUAAUAUUUACAUUGAUAGUUUUGAUGAUAAAGAGGGCAUCGGUAAUAUUAAUGAUAAUUCAGUACAUGAAGAAAAUGCGCCACAAGUUAAACGAAAAAAAAUUAAGAACAAUUUUAAAGAAAACGCUGAAAAUCACCUCGAUAAGAUAACUUUGAUUGAUAAAUACGGCAGUGAAAACAGCACUGGAAAUCAAUUUGAAAAUAUUGUUGCAGAAGGCACAAAAUUUUUAUUAAAUAACUCCAUCAAUAAGGAGUCAACUAAUGCGCCCCAACAAAAUCUUAAUAAAAACAAUCAAAUAAAAUUGGUUAAACAUUUGGGAAAAGUAGACCAAAGUUUUCUUUCUGAAGAUAAACUAGUGCAUAACUUCAAAGGUUCCAAAAGUGUGAAUAACUUUAAUGCUGCUAACAUUGAUGAUGACAAAGAUCCGACAGGAUCUUCAAAAAUAUCUUACACUGCUGAUAUACUUCAGCAACUUUUCAAUCAUAAUAAAAUUCCUGUUAUAGGAGGCAAGUAAUGAUGUUGACUGGAUUAAAAAUACAUACUGCUGUGAUUCAAAUGUGGCAUUCCUGGCGAUUUAUUCACUACCAAAGCAGAAAACUACAGUUCUCACUACAUUCAAGGCAAAUACCGAAAAAACUGUUAAAAGUUUUUUAUAUAAAUUAUUAUGUCACAGCUCCUCUUAGCUCUACAACCAAUUUAUGGUGAAGAAAUGAAACACUAGAAUUUCUAAUAAGGGCUUGAAAUUCGAAAAUGAUCAGUAAUGGUACUCGCUACUCAAGAUUAGAAUAUAUGAUAUAUACACAGAUAUAAAAGUUCCUAUUUUGACAGUCGUU